AUGCGCGCGCCGAAGCCGCCUUCAGAAACCCUGCACUGCUGUGGAGUUAAGACUUAUCACGAUUGGCUAAAUUCUCACUUUGCCACCGCGAACUUGGGGCCUCCUGAACUGGGAUUGGGCUCCGGCAACAUUGGUCGAGUACCUCAUUCUUGUUGCAAUUCUCUUGGUAUCAGCGAAGAUGGUGAAAAUUGUGGUGUCUCUUACAAUAAACUGCCCCUGGUCACGUAUGAGCCGUAUUUGAACACUCACGGCUGCCUCGAUGCCGUGUACAACAGGUUUUACCACAACCUCGACAUUGUUAUCGGACUGGCCGUUGGAAUUGGAUGUUUUCAGUUGAUGGGCAUGGUUUUGACCAUACUGCUUUGUUGUUGCAUUGACGAGAAGCAGAAACAAAUGCGGAGCGAGCCGUAUUGA